AUGAAUUUUUCACUUCAUAAAUUAGAAGAAGGACACGUUGGCGUUUAUUACAGGGGUGGUGCAUUAUUAUCCAGUACUGGACAACCAGGUUAUCACAUGAUGAUACCAUUCAUUACAACAUUUAGAUCGGUACAAGUGACUUUACAGACUGACGAAGUUAAAAAUGUACCAUGUGGUACAAGUGGUGGUGUCAUUAUUUAUUUCGAUAGAAUAGAAGUGGUCAAUAUUCUUAGUCCGACAGCUGUUUAUGACAUUGUCAAGAAUUACACAGCUGAUUAUGACAAAACAUUAAUUUUUAAUAAAGUUCAUCAUGAAUUAAAUCAGUUUUGCAGCAGGCAUACAUUACACGAAGUUUACAUUGAUUUGUUCGAUCAGAUAGAUGAACAGUUAAAAAAUGCCUUACAGACAGAUUUAAACGAAAUGGCUCCCGGUUUGUUUGUUCAAGCGGUGAGGAUAACCAAACCUAAAAUACCUGAAACAAUAAGAAAAGGAUAUGAAUUGAUGGAAUCAGAAAAAACUCAACUGCUCAUUGCCAUUCAACGUCAGAAAGUUGUCGAAAAGGAUGCUGAAACAGAUAGGAAAAAAGCUAUAAUUCAAGCAGAAAAAGAAGCUCAAGUAUCUAAAAUUCAAUUCAGUCAAAAAAUAAUGGAAAAAGAAUCUUAUCAAAAAAUUGCAUCCAUAGAAGAUGAAAUUCAUUCGGCUAAACAAAAAAGUAAAGCAGAUGCUGAUUAUUACAAAGCUAAACAAGAGGCAGCUGCAAACAGUUUAUUACUGACAAAAGAAUAUUUAGAAUUGAAAAAAUAUGAAACUUUAGCUAAUAAUAAUAAAAUAUAUUUUGGUGAAAGCAUUCCGAAAAUGUUUGUCACCAACGAUAUUCUAAAAAAUUCAAUGCCUUGCGAUUCAUCGAAUGACGACGCCAUUUUUAGUUAUCAUGAAAUGAAAAAAUAUUUGUUUUUCUUACUCGGUAAAGUCGAUGGAUUGUUUUGUAUACUUAUUACAGAUAGAGAUGGAGUUCCUAUAUUGGACGUUGCUACCAAUAAAGCUCCUGAUUAUGCAAUGAAACCAAGUUUUAUAUCGACAUUUGGUAAAACAACAGAUCAGGGAAGUAAAUUAGGUUUAGGAAAAAAUAAAUUUGUUAUAUCGAUUUAUUCGAAUCAUCAAGUUGUUCAAAUAAACAAACUACCAAUGGUUAUUACAUUUAUAGCAUCUAAAGAUAGUAAUACAGGACACAUAUUAUCACUCGAGGAACUCAUAGACCCAUUAUUAAAUGAUUUAAAAUGUGCCAUAAUAGCACCAUAG